AUGGACGAUAAUGUGACGUUUACCGAGUUUGUCGUCGAGAGCAUGGAAGUUCUAGACGAGUCGACAAAGGCUCAAUUCAUCUUCCACCUCAAUGGUACCCGUAUCAUUGUUUCGAUUUUCGAAAGAAACGAUCAGUCUGGCGAUGAGGAAGCGAAGAAAUAUAUUGAGAAUCACCUGAUCGAUCUCUUGGAAGCAGCUACGGACCCUGAGCUCGAGUUCGACGAGCCAGAGGACAAUGAAUUAUUCGAAAAGUCUGUCGAUGAGGCCGCGAACACUAUAAUGGACGUUGGCGAAAUCAUUUUCUUCCAUAUGGCUCCGCCACUUAAGGAACACUUCCAACCUCCUCAGGACUUACAUCAUGCACUCUACCCGGAGACGUUUGACUUUCGCCUCGAAACAAUUCAUGAUACGGCAUUUAUGAUUCCAAUAAGUUCGAAAGAAGCUGCAAAACCGCGUGAUGACUCCGGACCUGAUCCAAAUCUCAAAACCAACUUUAAAGCAGACCCUUUAAUGUCGAGGUACUCAUCGAAAGACAUCAUUAUCGAGAAAGAGUUCAGCAAGGGUCUCUGGGUCAGACAAGUAAAAGUUGGAUCAGAAACCAUGGUUUGCAAAGCAUAUGCUAGAGGUCUUGAGUUUGAUAAUCUAAAGCAAGAACUUAUCAACCUUCAGGACAUAGCUGAAGUCACAGUCGACUUUGAUGUCCCGCUCCGCAUUUCUUUACUGCGAGGAUACGUCACCCAUGCUGUCACAGGCGCUAUCAUCGGACUGUUGCGCGCUUGGAUCUCACCAAGCAAAUAUGGAAAUACCAUACAAGACGCUGGCCGCCAUAUGAAUACCAUCCCGGUACCAAUUCGACGGGGAUGGCUGACGCAAGUCACUGAGACGGUCAAAGCUCUCCACGAAAUUGGGCUAUUCUGGGGCGAUGGAAAAGCAGACAAUAUUUGCAUCGACCCAGACGAUAAUGCUUGGCUAAUUGACAUGGCUGGUGGAUUCACACAGCAUUGGGUCAGAAAGGAGAUCGCUGGAACUAAGGAGGGCGACAAUCACGGGCUGUUAAAGCUCAAGGCAUUUUUGGGGUUCAAUUGCCCGGAGCUCAGCGAUGAAGAGAAGAGGCGCAUCUUUAUGACUUCCAGUUCAAGUAGCUAUUGA